CGUACUUAUUGCCCUCUGGCGGUGACAUUGUAUGAUUAAAUCCAUACCAUUCGACUAUCUGUGUAGUGUGCUUCCCUUUCUUAGUUCGAUGACUUCUGGGAUCGACUGUGUUGGUUUUCUUAUCUGACACAACAAUGGAGGGAGCCAAUGUCACCGUGACACAAUCUGUCCAGGAUAUUUCUAAAACUAACGUUUUAGCUGAAGGAUAUGACAAAAAAUGUAUUUUUUGCAGGAUCGUUAAUCAUGAAGUGGACACGGAACUUCUCCACUGUGAUGAGGAGAUCUCAUGUUUCAGAGACAUCAAGCCUGGAGCACCGCACCAUUACCUAGUUGUCCCGACUAAACAUGUUGGAAACUGUAAAUCACUCCGCAAAGAACACCUGCCUUUAGUAAAACGCAUGGUGGAGAUGGGAAAGGAAAUCCUGCAGAAAAAUGAUGUGACGGAUCUCAAUGAUGUCAGGUACUCCAGUUUCCUCUCACAUUCCAAAACAAUGCAUGGUUUGGGUUCCAUUGGCCCCCAUUCUGUUCGGUCACACAUCUACACCUUCAUGUUCUGGCACCUGCCAGCCAGAUGGGCUUCAUGUCUCGCCUGUUCUACAGGCUGAAUUCUUACUGGUUCAUUACGGUGGAGCAACUGAUAGAACUUCUCAACUCUAAAGACGAAACCAGCUGAUUAUGUACUUGGGAUCUAUCACAGAGUUUGUUUCCGUGUGCCUACUAAUAAUCAGUGUUUAAAUUGAGGAAAAUGUUUAGACAUUAUAUCUGCAUCCCCCCCAAACAUAAACUAGUUGGAACGGAAAUGAAACCAACUCUGGAUUUUACACCAGGGGUCAUAUCUGCAUCAUUAGUAGCAUCAAUAGUGGCAAUAUUGUGUUAUAGAAAUGACUAAUGACAUUGUUUGAAAGUACUGUUAUAUUAAUAGUAAAAAGCUUUAAUUAAUGUGAUAUUUAACUGUGGAUCAUCAGACUUAAGCAUGACAUAAAGUAAGUGUAGAACAAAUACAAUGACUACCUCAGCUAUGUGGCAUAACUGCUGGGUAUUUUGUAACAUUGGAAACAAGAGUUGGAGCAUCGAGUAGCAUCUGCAUGAACUAUUUAUGAGCAAGUAACUUCAGGUUAAGGACAGUAUUUCUAAUAACCCUUACAACCAGUAAAUAAUCAAAAGCUUUUAUAUGUGUAAAGUUUGAUUUAUUUUUUUCUCUGUAAAUUAGUGAUAUGGUGAGUAGUUGUAUUAUACAGUGCUCAACAACAUACAGUGCUGUGAAAAGCUAUUUGCCCCCUUCUCAAAUUCUUACUUUUUUUUGCAUAGUUUCCCCACUUUGUGUAAGAUCAUCAAACAUAUGUAAGUAUCAGACUAAGGUAACCCAGGUAAACAUAAAAUGCUGUUUUUAGAUGGUUAUUUUAUUUAUUAAAGAAAAGGGGAAUAAAUCUAUUCACCUACUUUUUCUCAUCUGUUUGUGAAUUUCUUUGGAUUGUGGCAUUUUGUUAGUUUUUUUUAGAUCUUUUGGCCAACUUCAUUUUGUUAGACAGGUUCUUUUUAAGUGAUUUCUUGAUUGAGAAGGUCUGGAGGGAAUCAGGAUUGGAUGUGGUCAUUGAAAAUGAGCUCAACUUUCCAAAAAAUUUGUUUAGCCACAGUUAUUUCAUGAUUUAACAAAGGGGCCAUUUACUUUUUCCCCAGAGGGCCAGGUAGCUUUGAAUAAAUUUCUUCCAUUAAUAAAAUCACCAUUUAAAAACUGAAUUUUAUGUUUACAUGGGUUAUCUUUGUCUGAUACUUACAUUUGUUUGAUGAUCUUAAACAUUAAAGUGGGGGAACAAUGCAGAAAAACAAGAAUUUGAGAAGGGGGCAAAUACUUUUUCACGACACUGUAAAUGAGUACACGGCCUUUAAAAGUAAACUGAUCAAUUUUGAGUGAUUCUGGUGAGUAGUUGUAUUAGUGCUCAACAACAUAAAUUAGAACACGCCCUUUGAAAAGUAAACUGAUCAGUUUGCAGGGAACAUGAACAAUUUAAAAAAAUUGGUGAUUAGACUCAUCUGUGGUGGAAUCUUUAAAAAAAAAAAGUGAUUCGUGUGUACUCAUUUUUCAACAUUUGUAAGAAAUAUUCUACAUUUAGUGUUCACGUUGGCAAAUCACAUUUUUUUUUACAGCAUAGCAAUGGACCAACAUUUGUGGAGGUUUAGUAUUGUAUGCCAUAGAAAAUAUUUAUUUUUCCAACACCUUUGCUGUGGUGUAGCCUACUUAUUUACAGUAUGAGCGCUGCAUGUUAACAGAAUGUAAAGGCAGGGGAUCAUACUCUUUUGUAUCAAUGUAUGCACUUUAAGAAGCAUUAAUAUAUUGGGAUUAAAUAUUUAAAUGCA